AUGCGUGUUUCGGAUCUUCAAGUCGACAGUGUCCAAUCCGUAUUCCUUGAGACGACCUUGCCACAGUUCGGGGUCCUCCAGUAUGAUGCUUGUGGGAUUGAACUUCUGGCCAUCGAGGAAGUCCCAGGGGUCGACGAUAACUGGGCGUCUCGGCAUUUCGACAGUAGACAAUUCGACAGCGACAGCGACAGCGACAGCGACAGCGACAGCGACAGGGCGACAGCGACAGGGCGACAGCGACAGACGGCGAGGGAAGAGGUCGGCAUCAUUCUUAACGACGGCGACGAGGGCAUCUCCGAUGCCACACCAUUGGGCGGCAAACUCAGCCAAGUGGGCGGCUCACAAGGUGGUGGCGUCGGGCGCCCAAUAUCGCCGUCAAUGAUGUAA